AUGCGCAUCCCCUACGUCCCCGACCCCCCCCCGACAGCCUCGCCGGAGGAGGCCGCGACCGUGGCGCGGAUCCGGGCCCGGCGCGCGCCGCGCCCCCUGCAGCCGCUGGACCUGGCGCUCCUGCACAGCCCCGCGGUGGCGGACGGGUGGAACUCGUUCCUGGGCGCGGUGCGGACGCGCGCGUCGCUGGCGGCCGACCUGCGCGAGCUGGCCGUGUCGCGCGUCGCGGCCGUCAACCGCGCGUGGUACGAGUGGGCCCACCACGCGCCGCUGGCGGUCGCGGCGGGCGUGGACGAGGGCCUGGUGUACGGGCCCGGGGGGGUGGUCGGGAGGGAGGGACCGUUGGAGUUGGGGGAUGGGGAGGCGAGUGAGGGGUUCAGUGAGAGGCAGUGGGCUGUGCUGGUUUAUGCGGAUGAGAUGACGCGGAAUGUGCAGGUGCGGGAGGAGACGUUUGCGAGGCUCAAGGGGCUGUUUAGUGAGAAGGAGGUGGUGGAGAUUACGGCUACGGUUGCGUGCUACAACUGCGUGAGCCGAUUCCUCGUUGCCUUGGAUGUUGGCGAGAAGAACGGACUCGGUCCGGAUGCGGCAAUGGCGGCGCACUGAGUCAGAUAGCCAUCAGAAUGCUUGAUCAGGCUUCUCUAGUUCGUUCAAUAAUUACAUCUGGCUGACUAUAUCUUCAAAAUAUUUGCACAUGGAAAAGCUCUGUAGAUUGAAUCAAGCCAUGAACUCUUUCUUAUGCUAAGGUGCUGAUGCAGUGUAAACCCCAUGUCCGUCUAGCACAUGAUAAGGCCCCAGGAAACUGUCCUGAGCGGUGAGGUGUCUAACAGAAGGCAGAAAUGUGCAGUGUGAUACCCUAGGAAACAUGUAAUAUCCGCAGCAAUGGGAAUAUUGUGGGUGAUGAACAGGGUGAUGCAGAACCGAAAGGCA